UUUUAUUUUAUUUUAUUUUCUUUUUUUGCUUUUUUGUUUAUCGUACAGUCAUUUCAAUGGCUGGGGACACUUUUACCAUUCACCAUCAACAGUCAAAGAGUACUAACACAGUAAAAAGGGCCAAAAACCAUGUGGUUUUAUGAAGGGUGGGAAAUGUUGGCUUGAGAGUGGGGCUUAGGCCACCACCGCAGGAAGUGUGGAGCUUUGAAGGAGGGAGAGGGAGAGAGAGAGAGAGAGAGAGAGAGGGGUGUUUAAUAGAACUGAUGGUGUCCACAGUAUCCUCUCUCUCUCUCUCUCUCAUCUCCUUCUCUUAAAACUUCUAAAGAUAGGAGAUAAUAAGAGAUAGAAGCCUGAGGAAGGCGGAGAUCUGAGUUUGGGGACCGGCGGUGAACAUGGAUUUCGAAGAUCACGAUGAGGCUGAUGAGGAGAUGGGGUUACUGGCGAUUUCGGGCUACGAUAACCCCAUGCCGAAUUCACCUCGUGGAGGAGCAGGAGGAGGAGGAGGAGAUAAAAUGGGAGGCAGCGCGGGCGGAGCUGAGGAAGCGGCCGUGUCAGGUUCGGGGAAACGGAAGGUGGGCGGUGGCGGAAGUGGAUGGGGAGUGAGGUACAGGGAGUGCUUAAAGAACCACGCGGUGGCUAUCGGAGGCCACGCAGUGGACGGCUGCAGCGAGUUCUUGGCUGCCGGGGAGGAGGACACGCUCGACGCGCUCCGAUGCGCCGCGUGCAGCUGCCACCGCAACUUCCAUCGGAGGGAGGAAGAGGGCGGUGGCGGAGCGGCCGUGCUAGAGACGGUUGGGUACUACCAUCGGUUCUCACCGUUCUACCAGACGCCGGCGGGGUACCUGCACCAUCGCCAUCACAUGGUGGUGGCCGCGUCCGCACAGCAGCAGCACAGGCCGCAGCUCCUCGCGCUGCCGUCGACUUCCGGCGGAGGAGGGCAGAGCCGGGACGACCAGGACAGCGACUCGAAUCCGAUGCUGGGGGCGAGAGGGCUGGUGGGAGUAGGCGGCGCGACGGGCACAUCAGGAUCGGGAGGGCACAGGAAGAGAUCCCGGACCAAGUUCACGCAGGAGCAGAAGGAGAAGAUGCUGGCAUUCGCGGAGCGCGUGGGGUGGCGGAUCCAGAAGCACGACGAGGCGGCGGUGCAGCAGUUCUGCGGCGAGACCUGCGUCGAUCGCCAUGUCCUCAAGGUCUGGAUGCACAACAACAAGCAAACCCUCGGUAAGAAACCCUAGCCCGCCGGCCUCCAUGCACCACCGCCAGUCUUGUAAUUCUUGCUAUAGGGUGUCUCAGAUUUGGGUUCUCUUCCUCUCUCCUCCUCCCUUUUGUCUGCUUUCAUUCGGUCUAGUAGCUCUUCUUAUGUUCUCUUCCUCGUCCUCCUCUUUCUCUUUUAUCUGUUUCAGUCUUUCCCUUGUUAUAGCUGGUUUUGUUCAGCUUUGGUGAAGUUACAUUGUGUUGCUGCUGGAGACGCGUGGUGAAGAGCGGUGGUUAUAUUAUUUGGCUUUAAUGAACAUGAUCUUGGUGGUGAAGAUGGGGAACAGGAAGAAGUGGUGUUGUACCUUAAGGCCAAUAUUUGGAGAGAGAGAGAGAGAGGGUGUGGCUAUGUGGGAAUGGGUAGGAAGAGACUGCUAGUGCUAGUGCUACUGUUGGAUUCAGCUCCUCUUUGCUCUUCCUUCUCUUCGAAGUUCAUCUUCUAACUUUCACAUGAAUCUCUUAAGAAGGACAAGCUGGCUGCUACAGUUCACUCUCAAACGUGUCCGCCAUGCAUACUCUGAUCUACACCUGCUAUCCUGUGGUUGUGUUGAUGACUCGAGGGAGAGAAAGGCAUUCUCAGUCUUCUAGUAGUAUGCUUCAGCAAAUGUUUUAUUCUUCUA